UGGGACAACAUGGACUAUGUGUGGGAGGAAGAGGAGGAGGAGGAAGAUCUGGACUAUUACUUGGGAGAUGUGGAGGACCUGAGGGGGGAAGAUGAGGACGAGGAGGAGGAAGUGCUGGAGGAAGAUGAGGAAGAGGAGCUAGAUCCGAUCACCCAACUGCCGCCACCUCCAGCCCCUCGGAGGUGCUUCACUUGUCCCCAGUGCCGAAAAAGUUUUCCUCGGCGGAGCUUCCGCCCCAACCUGCAGUUGGCCAACAUGGUCCAGGUGAUUCGUCAGAUGCAUCCAACCCCUGGUCGAGGGAGUCGUGUGAAUGAACAAGGCAUCUGUCCGAGACACCAAGAAGCCCUGAAAUUGUUCUGUGAGGUGGAUGAAGAAGCCAUCUGUGUGGUGUGCCGAGAAUCCAGGAGCCACAAACAGCAUAGUGUGGUGCCAUUGGAAGAGGUGGUGCAGGAGUACAAGGCCAAGCUCCAAGGUCACGUGGAGCCACUUAGGAAGCACCUAGAGGCUGUGCAGAAGAUGAAGGCCAAGGAGGAGAGGCGGGUGACAGAGCUGAAGAGUCAGAUGAAGUCAGAACUGGCAGCUGUGGCCUCAGAGUUUGGGCGACUAACACGGUUUCUGGCUGAAGAGCAGGCAGGAGACAUCAAGGAGACUUUCAAUAGGUGUGAAGAGAUACAGUUGCAGCCCCCAGAGAUUUGGUCCCCUGACCCAUGCCAACCCCAUAGCCACGACUUCCUGACAGAUGGCAAUGUGAGGAAAAUGAGCCGAAUGUUCUGUCAGGCUGCAAGAGUCGAUCUGACGCUGGACCCUGACACAGCUCACCCAGCCCUUAUGCUGUCCCCUGAUCGUCGUGGGGUCCGGCUGGCAGAACGUCACCCGCAUCAAGCUCUGCCCUUGAUCAGCCUGCCACCCGCAGGGGCCCCUCCAGUCACUGCUGGGGGGGCGGGUGGUGGUGGAUGAUUGCCCACUAUGUUUGUGAGCUCAGGCUCCUCCCACUGUUUGUUACUGAGUUGCUUUCUGCUCCUCCUUGAACCCAGGCUGCUUCCCCCAAUAGGAGCCUAAAACAACUUCUAGACUUCCUCCAGCUCAGUCUUCUCUCACCUACUUUGUCUGACAGGUCUGCAUGGGUCCCUGAUAAUAAGAACAGCUGCCUGAUCUUCCCUCCCUGUCUGCCUAGCUCAGUCCAGCUCUGAGUCCCAGUUUGAGUGCAGGGAUGAGUGGAAGUUUUGUUCCUUAACUUCUCUUUUCCACAUCUACUCUUCAGUCUUUGUCAUUUCUGAGGCUGGAGGGUUCGGGCAAGACCUACCCAUUCCAAUUCCAUGCUUUGGUGCAAGCUCCAGUUAAGGGAUUUGGAAGCUUUUGUGGGGAGGCAGGCUGGGCAAAAGGGUAGAGCUGUGUAAAGUCUACUUUUCUUGGGGAAGUAGGAACUCUUAAAGCUUUCCUUCCGCCCCCAAUUUCUACCUCCAUAGACUGGCCAGAAUUUAGCUUCAGUAAGAUCUGGAAUGGUCAACGUGACACUGCACACCAUUAUAUCACCCAAUAAAUUAUUUUCUCUCUGUCGUACAGUUUUUAUUUAGGAGCCCAGCUCCUCACACCUAACCCCUCCAAGUCUUCACUGCCAGGCUCUUUUCCCCUCAGUGAAUUUCAGUUUCUGGCCUCUCAGCACCUUGUAGUUCCAUUUGGUAAGCCCUGUUAAGGAGCUUGGGACAGGGGUCUGGAUCCUUGGGAGAGCCUUGGGUAUAAUCUAUUUUUCUAGUAACCCCUUGCCUUCUGUCACCUAACAGCUUUUGUCCUCUGCUUGUGGCUGAGGUCAAUUCAUGUUCUUGGGGUAAAAGGUGGGUUGUGUUGCAGAUAAUAAAGUGUUUAUUUGCUGCUG